AUCUUACUAUUUUUUGUUUGGUAAAAAAGACGCAUUCUCCGCUUUUUCAUUCACUGUCUACGUAGUAUUUACGAGGUCGGUUAUCUGAGUUAGUAAAUUCCGAGUGGCUCGUGAAGACACCAGUAUUGUUGUUCCUCUAUCUGCUGUGUGUGUGAGUGAGUCGAGUACUGGAGAGUUGUUGUUUUAUAGUUUGCUAUUAGGUUUACAGCAUUUAAAUCCCAAAAUACAGUCUUAACACAUUUGUACGGAUGUUGUCCAGAUGUAAGAACUGCUAAAUGUGUUUCACCAGAGGUCUCUAGCUUGUUAUAAGACGUCACAACAGGAAGCUAGCUUCAGAUGCUAAAUAACAGUUAGAGGCAAAUCAGGGCAGACACACACACACACACACACACACACACACACACACAGGAGACUGAGAGGGUUUGGUUAAAGUGUGUUAAGCUGAUCAUUUGGUAGUGUAUCUGGGGUUAUGAUGGGCAUGACCACUAGAAUAGAGUGUAUAUUCUUCAGUGAGUUUCACCCCACCCUGGGUCCAAAGAUAACAUACCAGGUCCCAGAGGAAUACAUAUCACGGGAGCUCUUUGACACAGUUCAGGUUUAUAUCAUCACCAAGCCAGAACUGCAAAACAAAUUGAUAACAGUCACGGCCAUGGGUAAGAAGCUAAUCGGGUGUCCUGUGUGCAUCGAGCAUAAAAAGUACAGCAGAAAUGCCCUCCUGUUUAACCUUGGCCUUGUUUGUGACGCCCAAACCAACACGUGUGCUCUGGAGCCAAUUGUCAAGAAGCUGUCUGGGUACCUCACGACCCUGGAGCUGGAGAGUGGCUUUAUAUCCAAUGAGGAGAGCAAGCAGAAACUUUUACCCAUUAUGUCGACGUUGUUAGAAGAACUUAAUGCCACAGGAGCCUGCACCUUACCCAUAGAUGAGUCCAACACCAUCCACUUAAAGCUGAUCCAGCUACGAAAGGACCCCCCGAUUGUCCAGGAGUACGAUGUGCCCGUCUUCACCCAAUGCAAAGACCAUUUUAUCAAAUCUCAAUGGGAUCUCACCACUCAACAGAUCCUGCCAUAUAUUGAUGGAUUUAGACACAUCCAGAAAAUCUCUGCUGAAGCGGAUGUAGAGCUGAAUCUUGUUCGCAUUGCGGUGCAGAAUCUCUUGUAUUAUGGUGCCGUGACGUUGGUGUCAAUAUUCCAAUACUCUAAUGUGUAUUGCACCACCCCCAAAGUCCAGAGCCUCAUAGAUGAUAAGUCCAUUCAGGAGGAGUGCCUCAGCUACGUCACUAAGCAAGGUCAGAAGCGUGCGAGUCUGAGAGAUGUGUUCCAGCUGUACUGCGGUCUGAGUCCAGGAACCACAGUCCGAGACCUUUGUUCUCGCUACGCACAGCAGCUUCAAAGGGUUGAUGAGAGGAGGCUGAUCCAAUUUGGACUGAUGAAGUCUCUUAUUCGACGGCUGCAGAAAUAUCCGGUGAAGGUGAUCCGUGACGAGAGGAGCAGGCUGCCUCGACUCUAUACCGGUUGCCAUAGUUAUGAUGAGAUCUGCUGCAAAACAGGGAUCAGUUACCAGGAGCUGGACGAACGUUUGGAAAAUGAUCCCAACAUCGUGGUGUGCUGGAAGUGACGUGAACUUAAAACAGACUGAAAGAUACAGAGAUGCCUCAACCAAAGAUGCCUUCAGUGACGGGAAGAGUGGAAGUGAAGUAGUAUUUUGUAAUUUUUAGGUUAGAUUAGUGUUUUUUUUAAACAAAUCUCAUCAAGAAGCAUACAUUUCUGUUUAGGUCAAGUGAGGAAGGUGAUAUUUAUUAAUAUUGUACAAAAGAUCAUUUGUGAUUAAUAAAAGAUAUUAGACCACAA